AUGGGUAUUCUUACUGUUGCUGAGUGUUUAGAGCGUUUUGAGGCAUUUGCUCAGUCUCAAUCUCAAUCGGGAGCCGAUCAGCGGUAUCAAAGUGGUAAUUCAAAUACCACUACUAGUGCACCCGCCCGUGGGGUGAACCAUGUCGCCAUGGAUCCUAGUUUGGCUGCUGUAUUGGAAAACAUGACUCGAGAGCUUAAGGAGAUUAGAGCUAAGGUAGACAAAUGUGAGUAUUGUCGAGGGGGUCACGACACGAGUGCGUGUCCACUGCUAGUUGGUGAGGAGCAAGUCGAUUUCGUAGGAGGAGGUCAAGGUAGAGGUCAACCUAGUGGGUUUGGUAAUAAUAACUUUGGUUCGGGUUGGCGUAAUAAUAAUAAUAAUUUUGCUUCUAACAACAAUUUUCGCUCAAACGGACCCCCUGGUUUUCAAAUAGCUCAAAAUCCAAAUAGGGGUUUAGGUUCACUCUUUGGUGGGGGUUCAAAUGGGCAGGUUAAUGAUGGGGGGUCAAGUAGUCAGGUUCAAACAGGUCAGGGUUCAAGCUAUGAUCUUGGGGGUAGUCUAGAAAGGAUGGAGUCCAUGAUGAGUCAAUUAAUUGUUAAGGAUCAAACCCCCCAAAAGAAACUUAGCAAACAUGACCUUAUGCUUAAGAAUCACCAAACUGCUUUCCAAGACCUUCAAAGGGUUGUAGGUGAUAUGUCUAGGAAGUUAGAGGAGAGAUUACCCGAUCAGUCUGCGGGUAACACCCAACCGAACCCGAAUGCUCAUGUAAAGGCCAUUACCACCCAUAGUGGCAAAACCGUAGGGAACCCGAGCGUAGAGGAGAGAGUAGUCGAUGAGGAUGGAGAUGUUGUAGACGAAGAGAUAGAGAUGGAGGCUCCCGGCAAAGUGCAAUCGAGGCUGCGCCCAGCAAGUACCGCACAGCCCGGUGACUCUCAAGGUGAGAAGAGGGUAGAGAAACCUCCCGUGGAUGUUAGGCCUUCGCCUUUAGUGAACCAUGCGUAUGUCCCGUUCCCUUCCCGUCUUAAGAAUCAAAAAUACUCGAGGGAAUACGGGCAAUUCUUAGACAUCUUCAAGCAAUUGAAGAUUAAUCUUCCUUUUAUUGAGGCACUCCAGUCCAUGCCUAAAUACGCGGAAUUUUUAAAGGACCUUCUUAGGAGUUAG